AACACCUGAAAACAUUUUUAGAUGUCGACUGGACACGGUCACGGAGUGACAGUAAAAGACGUAAAUCCACAUGACUUUGUUAAGGCUUUUUCAGCCCAUUUAAAAAGACAAGGUAAACUGAAAGUUCCUGAUUGGGUUGAUCUUGUUAAAACAGCAAAAAGGAAGGAACUUGCCCCUUAUGAUCCUGACUGGUUCUAUACAAGAGCAGCUUCCAUACUUCGCCAUGUUUACUUAAGAGGUGGUGUUGGGGUUGGAGCCCUCACAAAGGUCUAUGGAGGACGGAAACGAAGAGGGUCAAAACCAUGUCACUUUGAGAAGGCAUCAUCUUCAGUGGCACGAAAGGUGUUACAGUCUUUGGAACAACUAAAUUUAAUUGAGCAACAUCCAAAUGGUGGACGAAAAAUUACCCCUCAAGGACGGAAAGAUCUAGAUCUUAUUGCAGGCCAAAUUGUUCAUGCUGAAGAUAACAAGUCGUAACAAAGUGUAACUGAGCAAGCAUAUGAAAUAAAUUGAUGAUUUACCAAUAUGUUAACAUGUUCUAAAACCAA